CUGAGGUUGUUAGUAGGAGCGGAUCAUCUGUGGAUUUUUUUUUAACUUGAAUCAGAAAAGUUAGAUCAGCUCAGGCAAGUUCGUUUGAUUCAUGGAGCGUCUUAAGUUAGUCCUCCAGUACUUCCAGUCCAACUCUGAGUCCAUCUCUAACGGGAUCUGCAUCGUCCUGGCUCUGGUCAGCGUCAAGCUCUACACCAGCUUUGACUUUAACUGCCCGUGCCUUCCUCAGUACAACAAGCUCUACUCUCUGGGAGUGAUGACGGUCCCGCCCGUCAUCUUUUUCUUCCUGGGGGUCCUCGUCAAUCGGCAUACGGGUGUCAUGAUGGACGAGUGGAUGAGGCCAGUUGGGAAUCGUUCCAAAAAUCCUGCGGUGGUGAAAUACCUGUUCUCUGCCAUGAUCCAGAGGGCCCUGCUCGCUCCCAUGGUCUGGAUCCUGGUCACUUUGUUGGACGGCAAGAUCUUCAUCUGUGCUUUCAGCGUGAGUGUCGAUCCGGACCUUUUCUCAGGUGUGCCCAACAACACAGGUCUGGAUGUGGUUAGGAUCAUGGCCAAGGUGCCCUGCAAAGAGGACGUUAUUUUCCAGAACAGCUCGUUCCGUAAAGCGGUCUCCCGAUAUGUCCGCUGUUAUUCUCAAGCAGUUGGCUGGUCCAUUCUCCUGUUCCUUAUCAUACUGGGAGCGAUGGGACGCCUUAUCAAACCCUGUUUUGAAGACCACGCCGCCUUCUUACAGACACGGUACUGGAGCAACUACCUGGACGUGGAGCAGAAGCUUUUCGACGAAACCUGUGUUUUGCACGCGCGUGACUUCGCCCGCAAAUGUGUGGUGCAGUUCUUCGAGGACAUGACGGAGGACUCGAUACUUCGUCUUCCACAUCCGUCCUUCAUCUCCAACGUCGGCGAGAGGUUGGAGGAAGCAGAGGAGAGACUUCAUGGGGUGACAAAGCGGGUGCAGAUGGACCAGCUGCUCAACAAGUGGUACUACGGUAAACCUGAACUGGAUGUAACCAGGAUUGCACACAGACCCAGGCCGUGUGUCACCUGGCAGGACCCAGGAGGGAGGGCUUUAUACUCAGAGGUUUAAGAUGUACUGCGGUGUUUUGGUGGCUGCUGUUUAUUGCUUCGUUGCAUUUUGUCCACGGAAGUAGGACCUUACAAUUAGGGCUGGGUAAUUUUAUCGAUUCUACAAUAUUUAUUGAUAUUUUUUCCCCUCGUAAAGUAUCGAUUUUCCAUCCGUGAAUAUCAAUGCAUUAAAUCCUACUCAAAUCC